AAUCACAGCUCUGGAUAACGAAAAAGACGAUCUUUCUCAUAGGAAAUCAAAUCUCUCAUCUCUCUGUUUUUUGGGUGCGUAUUCAUCAUCAUCAGUGGUUGAAGAUCAUGUCGUGGCAGCUGCCCAGAUACACUCUCUUCACGGACAAAACCCUGAGAGAGCACAACGCGAACCCCAAGCGAUUCGCAGACGACGUCGCCGAAACCGAAAGGGUCAACUCAGAAUGGGACACGGACGGAGGCUACGCCAAGCUCAUCCACGAAUGCAGAGCAGCCGCAGCAGGGGACGAAAACAGGGCCGAGGAAAUCCUGUUCGAAAGACUCGCCGACAUGGCCGCAGCCCGCUGGAUCAAAAACCUCGAAGAAGAAGAAGAAGAACAAGAGGAAGAGGAGUGGCGACGUGCUGAGGAGGUGGAAAAGAAGAGGAAACGGAAGAUGAAGGCGGCGGCGGUGGAGGAGGAUGAGGAAGAAGAAGAGAGAAAACAGAGGAAGAAGCAGAAACAGAGCAAGUACAGGGGAGGACCAGCAGCAGCGCUGAUCAAGAACGGCAGAGUCGACUUCUCCGCGAUCGAGAUGGACCCGCCGCCGCGCGAAUUCGGGGAGUGGAUAAAGCGGCGGCACCCGGGCGUUGGGGAAGUGAAGCUGGUGAUCAUGAAGGGGCUGUUCGACACGGAUCUGAGCGUGGGCCACAACCGCCUCUCCGUCCCGGCGAAGCAGAUCGUGGACGCGGACUUCCUGACGGCGGAUGAGGUGGCGCUCCUGAACGAGAAGAGAGGGGAAGGGAUCGGCGUGAAGCUGUACGGGCCCGGGGAUGGGGCGGGUUACACGGAGAUGGUGUUGAAGAAUUGGGAGCUGAAGAAGUCGAAUUCGUACGUGCUGAACAAGGGGUGGAUGUCGCUGGUGAGGAGGUUCCCGGAGGUGUUUCAGAGGAUGGCCAUCGUCCAGCUCUGGUCGUUCCGGGAAGCGGGAGGGGAGCUGGCGUUUCGGAUCACCAAGGUCGGGCAAUUGCCCAACGAUCGGGCCUCCGGGUCGGGAUCCAGUGUGAAGAGUGAACCCGGGUCGGGUUCGGAUGGUGGUAGCGAUAGCGAUGGUGGUGGUUUGGAUUUGGAAUAUGAGUUGGAGGAGGGUGAGGUGAGGCCGGAGCGGCGCAGGCCGAGGGUGUGGCGUGGAUCGUGUCCGCCGUGGCUCUGAAGCCGUUUCUUUUUGGCAUUGCUAUUCGUCGUCCUAAUUUUUGUUAAAACGACUCUAAUGUCCUUUGUUUAAUUUUUUGUUUACAAAGCAUAGAAGAGAAGGAAAAUCUUUUUAAACAAUUACUAAUCUAUCUUGUUGUACCCGUCCCAGCUCGCCAAUGACGGGAUUUCAACACGUUCAGACGCCGACCAACAAAAAAAAACACAAAAAAUUCAAUCCUCUGCUAUGUUGGUCUUUUUAUUCCUUCAGUCGGCGAUCCAUGCUGGGGAAUAACCCCAUUUAGAAAUCGUUGCCUCUGAGUUCAAUUUCACUGGAGCCAAGACUUGCCUGGGCUAUUUCUCUCUUUGGUUGCCUUCUUCUUGUCGAGUCAUCUGCUCCAACCUCAACUCCUUCCUUGUUAUUUCCUAAACCAACUAUAAUUCCCAUCUUAAUUGUGCAUAAUUGAUUCUCUCAAUUUCUCUUAUUCAUUAACCGAUUCUCUCGCUAGUUUCUGGGAAUCCCAAGCCAUCGAUGUGUCAAAUUUUCCGGACAAGGUUCUCCGACUCCAUUUCCACGUUCCCUAGCUGCAUCAUACUCUGUUUUGGAUAAAAUGUUCUCUCCUUCUUCUUCGCCCUCCUCCCUCCUCCUCAUCGAUAGCAACGACAAAUAUCAGCGGCGGCGGGGAGCGACUCCGGCGGCGGCUAAUGAUCUUCUUCAUCCUCCUUUCUUGGCAAUCGGGACCGGACGAGAGCAAUUCUUAGAUGGUCAGCGGGGAGCAAUUCUUGGGUGGCCGGCGGCGACAUUUUCCCCCUUUGUGAGUGUCGGAUUUUGGGUUUAGGUUAGAAUUGAGGUUAGGGGUAUAUGUGUAGUUUAGGGUGUUUUUUAUUAUUUUAGGGCGGCGAAUAGCGAUUCAGUUCUUUUUCUGUUUUUUUUGUUUCUUUGCAAGUUUGGUUACUAGAAUUACUUUAAAAAUUUACGUUUGUCACUAAAAUUAAUUUAUUCCAUUCGCAGUCACUCAAAUUAGUUCAACAUUUCAAGUUUGUUCACUCUCCGUUAGUCUCCGUUAACUUUAGCUGACAUGAGUCAACUUUGAGAGUUGACCGUUAAAUAAAUGAUGUAGAAAUUAAAAAUAAAUAAUAAAUUUAAUCUUUUAAA